UGUUCCGAAAUUAGACGAAAUCGAACGGAAAGAUGAAAGAUGUCGGACGCUUUAGACAAACCCCUCCAAAAUGGAACCAGUGCACAAUCAAAACAGACUCUCACACAGGGCACAACAGGGGAAAUGUCACGACCGAAUCAUCUGCAGCGAAUAGCACAGAAGAAAGCGAUCGUACUGAACUACCCAAAGACAAAGAAGCUUGAGAAAUUAGCAGUGUAUUCUUCUUGCAAGCAGUCCGAUUCCUGUAAGUGCAAUGGAUGGAAGAAUCCUAACCCCCCUCCCACUCCCCCACGAAUGGACGUAUCACAGCCCCUGGCGAACCUCACCGACCCCUGUCGCAGCUGUUCACAUACACUUGGUGCUCACGUCUCCCACCUAGAAAACACAGAGGAAUCUGAAUUAAACCGGUUGCUGAGAAUUGUUGUUGAUGUUGAAAACCUGUUCAUGUGCGUACACAAGGAAGAAGAUGCAGAAACAAAACAAGUCUAUUUCUACCUGUUUAAGCUGCUUCGGAAAUGUAUUCUGAACAUGAGCCAACCCACCAUAGAAGGACCCCUAGGGAGUCCGCCAUUUGAGAAACCCAGUAUAGCAAAGGGAGUGACAAACUUUGUGGUAUACAAGUUCGGACAUCUGGCUCAACGUGAAUGGCAGACAAUGUAUGAUCUGGCUAAGAUGUUUUUGCACUGCCUCAACCACUGGAAGUUAGAAACUCCGACCAGCAGAACACAGCAUGCGGGUACGGAGGACAUGGCUGUGUACAAAGUCAACUACACUAGGUGGUUGUGUUACUGCCAUGUGCCUGCCUUCUGUGAUAGCCUUACCAGAUAUGAGACAACCCUCAUCUUUGGUCGCACUCUUCUCCGCUCUGUCUUCCAAACGAUGCGCAGACAACUCCUCGAUAAAUUUCGAGCUGAGAAAGAAAAAAUGCCCCCUGAAAAAAGGACCCUUGUGUUGACUCACUUUCCAAGAUUUUUGUCAAUGUUGGAAGAAGAGGUGUAUGGUACAAAUUCACCAAUAUGGGAUCCAGAAUUUUCCCAGAAUGCUGCCAAUAUGAGCGGAUCAUCACCUAGCAACCGUUUCGCGUCCGUCUGUUUAGAUUUUGAUGACACAAUAAAUCACGCACAGCCUCCACCCACAGCCACCGGGGUGAGUGGUCUGAAUCGCUUCACCACAUCAGGGACCGUCCCCGUAACAGCAGGUGACACCUUCACAUCAAUCAAUGUGAGCCCCGGCCUCAUACCCACCACCAGACGCACCUCCAAGGUAGAGACAGGUGGUGGGAGUGAGCUGAAAAGGAAGUUGGAGGAUGCCUUCAGUCCCGAGGAAGUCAAGAGGAAGCGGAUUGAUGGAGACAUCAGUGCUGAGUACCUGGCAGAGGUAGUGGCCACCAUCACCGAGCCCGAGAAGAUGGUUGGACCUGAUACCUCAUUAUUCCCCGCCCACUCCGCACGUGAUGAAUCAGCUCGACGAGAGGAGAUUAAGGGCGUGAUAGAGUUCCACGUGGUGGCUAAUAGCCUCAGUAACAAACCUACCAAACAGACAUUGAUCUGGCUUAUCGGCCUCCAAAACGUCUUCUCUCACCAGCUUCCCCGGAUGCCUAAAGAAUACAUAACUCGCCUGGUGUUUGAUCCGAAGCACAAGUGUUUAUCCUUGAUCAAGGACAACAAAGUGAUUGGAGGGAUAUGCUUCCGAAUGUUCCCUACACAGGGUUUUACCGAGAUUGUUUUCUGUGCUGUCACAUCCAACGAACAAGUGAAGGGCUAUGGGACCCACAUGAUGAACCAUCUAAAGAAUUACCACAUAAAACACAGUGUCCUCCACUUCCUCACGUUUGCUGAUGAGUAUGCCAUCGGUUAUUUCAAAAAGCAGGGUUUUUCCAAAGACAUCAAGAUGAACCGGUCGUCCUACCUGGGCUACAUCAAGGACUACGAGGGAGCCACACUGAUGGGGUGUGAACUAAACCCCAGGAUCUGUUACACAGACUUCUCCAGUGUCAUUAGAAAACAGAAGGAGAUAGUGAAGACUAUUAUAGAGAAGAAACAGGACCAGCUACAGAAGGUAUACCCCGGCCUGACCUGCUUCAAGGAGGGCGUGCGACAGAUACCAGUGGAGAAUAUCCCAGGGCUGCACGAUCUAGGCUGGAAAUCCUCUCUUGACAAAGGCAAAGAGACCCAUAUGGACAGUGAACAACUCCACACGACAACCAAAACAAUACUGCAGCAAGUCAAGUCCAAUUCAAGUUCCUGGCCGUUCCAAAAGCCUGUUGACAAGUCUGAGGCCCCAGAUUACUACGAGCACAUCAAGUUUCCUAUGGAUCUGAAAUCAAUGACUGAAAGAUUAAAAAAUCGUUACUACUGCAACAAGCGACUCUUCAUCGCCGACAUGUCCAGGAUCUUCUCUAACUGUAGGGCUUAUAACAAACCCGACACGGAAUACUACAAAUGUGCUAAUGCACUGGAGAAAUUCUUCAGUACAAAGAUGAAGGAGGCUGGAUUGAUGGAAAAGUGAAAUCGUGUUUGUGGGGGGAGGGAGUGUGGGGGGCUGGUUUUGAAACAGCAAUUUGAUACUGAAACUGCAAUAUUGAGAUCUGGUUUAAUGUUGUACUGAAUGCCUUUAUAAAAUACUACUCCACAGUGACAUGGGAUCGGUAGAUAAGAACUAAAAUAACUUGUUUCUGUUAUAUUAACUCGUUCACCCCUGAAGUUUCAUAAUGGACUAUUCCAACCUUUGAAUGGAAGUUCAAAGGGAUGAAUGAGAUACCAUAUUGAUGAAAAAAUAAAUGAAGUAUUGAGUUUUGAACAAUUAGACUGCCCAUGUAUGGUGAAAAUGUUGACCACUUUUAUUAUGAAGUAUGUCCAGUUUAUGUAUUUUGUACAAUAUUUUUGAAUUUGUGAUGCACAGUUAAAGAUAAAUGUUGUAAAAUUUCUGAAUCCACAGUAUUCAAUAUCUUACAUAUAAAUAUGAAACAACUGUGGUAUUCUUUAUAUUCAAGUUGAAUAUACUUGUGAAUAUGAAACAGCACUUGUACAUGACAUUGUACUUUUUAAAGUAUUCAGACAUUUUAAAUGAUGUACCCAAAGCUGAAAUGUUGUUUUAUAUCAGUCUAAAAGUUGAAAUUGUUUCAUUUUAACAUUUCAGUAAAAUGCUGUUUGUACGCAUCUGGAUAUCAAUUGGAGUCAAUUUUAUGUCCAACGAUUAUUUUCUACAAUGAAUUUAUCUGCGAACCAUUAAAUGGUAAAUCAGUGUAUAUGUGUGUAUGUUAAAGUGCAGCAAGUACGAGAGUGGAGCGUGCAAGUGUUCCAUGGUAAACGAUGACAUUAUUUAAUACAUGUCUACAUGGUUUAGUAGAAUGAGGAAUGUCAGUAUUUAAAAGAGUAAAUGAAUGACAAGUAUAGACUAACUUCGUUUAAGGUACAACCCGUAAUGACCCGUCUGUUUGGAAAUUUACAAAUUCUGAAUCAAAUAAUCAAGAAUUCUGUUUCAUAAAGCUUGGACAAAUCUGUAAUACAUCUUAGAAAGUCCUCGGAAUCUCAUCAGCCCGAGGUUACUUUUAACAUCAGUACUGUGUGCCCAAGUAUCAGUGGGGUUGUCCGGUUCUUCAUCUGUAAUGUUUUUGAAAUUUGAUACGAUGAAAUCUGUGCUGAUUUGCAGUUGGAACAACUUGUGCUUGUCAUAUUGACAGCUGCUGCAAUCCAUGUUUCUACCCACAUUUCUGUCACUGGUAUGGAUUGGUCAGUCUCCCUUAGACGUUUGGUGAACCCUAAAUACCCUACUGUUUAGGUUAAACUGCUCAGAGAUCAGGUAUGGCCAGAGUCAAGAGCUUGCCUGACUUGAUUGAAUUCCUGCAGUCUGCUGCAGCACUGCGAAUACCGAAGGAUACUGGUACGUCAUUCUAUUAAUGAGUGGACUGAGUAACUUAAGACUCUUGUAUCCAAACUGAGGGUCUAGUUAUUGGACAGCGAGCUAGGAAUGAUUUGUAACCUUGUUGUAUUACAGUGGGUAUGAUUGAAAGAAACAGAGCCUUAUAUUGUACAUGCAUGUUUAUAAGGAGUGGAACAUCCAGACGUAAAAUUUCUGUAUGAACAAAUUGCAAUAGAUUCUAAAUGUUAUUCCAAACAAUGGUUAUGAUCAAAAGUUCAAAAAAUAUGAAUUUGAACAGUUAAUGAAAUAUUGCAGUGAAUUCAUGUAGAAAACCUCGGACAAAAUCAAAGUGCAUGAAGGGAUUUGGGUUGUUUAGAUCAGCAAGAUCUUAAGUGGCUUGUUUAUGUAGGCAUGUUAACGGAGAUGUUCUGUUUCAUGAAAUAUACACGACAUUGUGACAAGUUUAUUACAAGUUCUCCAUUAAAGUAGAUAUAUUUUCAGAAAAAAAUCUUUUUAAGAUUUUAAGAAAAUUUCCUGUAAACAUGCACUCAUGAAAUCUCCCUAGUAAUGCGAUUCAUAUUACAUGUACGAGUGCCUGACAGAUAAGGGAGCCAGUGUAUUGUGAAAUUAGUAUAAAUGUUAGUUGUUGUAUGGAAACUCAAACUUCAUAUAAAUCAUGGUAUCAUCCUUACA